GCUGUUUAACCAACAACCGACGGCAGAAGAAGCGCAGACAGCGAAAGGAACCCGGAAAUGUGUGCCAUUCGUUUCUACUCGCUUUUCAAAAUAACCACUUAGAAUAAGAUGGACUUUUUCCUGGCUGUGUAGAAUAAUGACAUCGGGUGUUGACACUCGGAUGAACUAUUUCGGUUAACUCUGUGGAUGUGGCCUUGUAUCUGCUGUCCAGCUCAUCAUGUCAUUGUGACUUCAACUCUCUGAGGUAGAGCAGAAUGCAGACUUCUGGGCACCGGUUGCGGGAUGUGGAGCAGCACCACCCCUUGCUGUCCAGCGGGGAGGAGGAGGUGAGCGUGGGCCGGGUCUGGUUCAUUCAGGACGGCUGUGGAAUGGUGUGCGCCUCCAUGACUUGGUUUCUAGUGAUGUACGCAGAAUUCGUGGUGAACUUCGUCAUGCUUCUGCCUUCCAAAAGCUUCUGGUACUCGCUCAUCAAUGGCGUGGUGUUCAACUUCUUGGCCGUGCUGGCGCUGACCUCGCACCUGCGCACCAUGCUGACCGACCCGGGAGCUGUUCCUAAGGGAAAUGCCACUAAGGAGUACAUGGAAAGCCUCCAGCUGAAACCAGGGGAAGUCAUUUACAAGUGCCCUAAAUGCUGCAGCAUCAAACCAGAGAGAGCUCAUCACUGCAGCAUCUGCAAGAGAUGCAUCAGGAAAAUGGACCAUCACUGUCCCUGGGUGAACAACUGCGUCGGAGAAAACAACCAGCGAUACUUUGUGCUGUUCACUAUGUACAUCGCUUCAAUCUCUCUACAUGCUCUCUGCCUCAGCGGCUUCCACUUCUUCACCUGCGUCAAAGUUCAGUGGAACGAAUGUAGUGACUUCUCUCCUCCGGUGGCUGUCAUGCUCCUCAUUUUCCUGUGUCUGGAGGCUCUCCUCUUCCUCACCUUCACUGCCGUCAUGUUCGGCACCCAGAUUCACUCUAUCUGCAACGACGAGACGGAAAUCGAGAGGCUGAAGAACGAGAAGCCGACAUGGGAGCGGCGAGUGCGCUGGGACGGGAUGAGGGCUGUGUUCGGAGGCCCGCCGUCUCUCCUGUGGUUUAACCCUUUCGCUGGACUGAGACUGCGCCGACUUCUGAUGGUCCACGCUCGGAAGGGCGGCUCAGAGUUCGCAGUCUGAGCCGAGCGAGCUCACGUUUCUCCGCACGUCAGCGUGCCAGCGUGCCUUUUAAGACCCCACGCGUAGAGGACGCACGGCACAAUGACGCAGGUACGGGGACUCGGGGAAGAGAAUGUGUAAUAAACCAGAGGCCUGGUGGAGGAGAAAGGCCCAAAUAUGACAAACUACCUGCUAAAAACCACUGGACCUCAAUCGAAGGAUCAUUUAUUCUUUUGGCUUCUUUUGGCUGGCAGAUUUUUUUUUUUUUCUUUCUGUGAAUAGAUUUUGUUUUUAAAGAACUUUUGUUUCCUGUAUUUUUUUUUUUUUUGAAAACAGAACUUUAAAGGGGAAAAAAUAACCUGCACAAUCUCACAUUUAAUCCGAACGGCAUCAUCGUUUAAAGCUUAAUCACACGUCCAAACCGAAGCGUCUCGUUUCUCAUUUGCCAAGAACUCUGGAACCUUCUCUAAGCAUUAAGAUUUCCUCUGUAAUAAAAUGCUGAAAUGCUGAUAAUUAUUCCUAGAUUUAGAAACAUGAACUAUAAAUGACGGUUUAUUUCACUUCCUAAUACAGUAGAGACAAUGUUAAACCUCGUUUACAAGCUUUUCUUUUUUUUGACAUUCAUGUAAACGGCACUGAAUAUUUAGACGGACUAUUUACACUUUACCUUCCGUGACACUAAAUCUGAGAUCAUCGCUUACCAUGAAUGUAGACAAGAUCGCAUAGAGAACAUGGCGUAGGGAUAAUGCAUAAUAAUAAUAACCCGACCAGACCAGACCAGACUUGACCCCGACCAGACCAGUCCAGACCCGACCAGACCAGACCAGACCAGACUUGACCCCGACCAGACCAGACCCGACCAGACCAGUCCAGACCAGACCCGACCAGACCAGACUUGACCCCGACCAGACCCGACCCGACCAGACCAGUCCAGACCAGACCCGACCAGACCAGACUUGACCCCGACCAGACCAGUCCAGACCCGACCAGACCAGACCAGACCAGACCAGUCCAGACCAGACCCGACCAGACCAGACUUGACCCCGACCAGACCAGACUUGACCCCGACCAGACCAGUCCAGACCCGACCAGACCAGACCCGACCAGACCAGACCCGACCCGACCCAGAUGAUACUCAGACGUAUAACUCGCUAAGCAGCUCAAGAACUAUGCUGGAUGUUCUUGUGUGUUUUACAUACGACGGCUAACGGUCCAACUAACGAAUCACGUGAUGUUAGCAAUACCGUGGCUGCGUCUUCACAAGAGCUUUUUACCUCCCCGUUAAAGACGAUUCUUUAACCAUCGCAGAUGUUUUAUACAGUAGACACAGAGUAUUGUGAACGGUAUUGGAUUCGACGUGGGCCGUAAAGUACCGACUGGAUCUGUGUUUCCGCUCCACGGAAUAGUGUAUUGUAAAUAAAACAAAGCUAAAGGGAAUGGGUUUAUUAAUUAUACCAGGCUGCCUGUACAGCUUUCUCUUUCAUUCCACAGUAUAAAAAAAACGUGACCACGCGUCCUUCCACCAGGACGUCGGGUUCUUCAGUGCCAUGACGGUCAACAGUAUUAGUUUCUAUUCAUUGUGCACGUGUAUGCAACCCUUUACCUCCCAGGGCAUUAAACCCAUCAUGCUGCCUUCACAGAAAUCUAAUAUUUAUCCAAAAAAAAUAACGGUGUAAUUAUUUAUUUGCUGUCGGGGUUUAUAUCCUUCUAGUCCAACUGCAUUGAUCUUAAAAGAAAUAUCUCACAAUCAUCACAUUCAAUGCUAAAAAGCAAACAAGUGACUCAGGCAUCGUUCACGAGCUCACUCUGGACGUCGAAAGGAAAAAAGUCUAAAUAAUAUCUUAGAUUAUAAAAUAUAAUAUAGACUCUUAAUAUAUUAUUUAUAAUGCUUUAGAAUAUUUAGCCUGAAUCGAGGAGUUCAUUUAAAGUCGAGUGAACAACGCUGAAUCGUAUCUUUCAGUUCGGUCACUUAUGAAUCAAAUACACUGAAAAUAAACGAAUCGAUUCAGUGUCAUUUAGACAUUUGCUUAAGCAUCGCAUUUAGAUUCUGUUCCUCAUUUAAAAAAAAAAAAAAAAACAGUUUAUGUUGAACUGCUGAUAGACUGUAGAAACUAUACAGAUCCAUAAAUAUUGGCACCCGUUAUAAACAGGGGUGAAAACAGAAUACUCGUGGGGGGGUUUGGGGGGCUGGAUGUCGUUUAGCUCGUGCUGCGAACGAGAGAAAUUUCAACCUUUUAAUUAAAGUACAGUUAUUUUGUGUGCUUGUGGGUGAAGCGUUAAAAGUCCAGACUCGUUUACAUCAGCAGCUCAGUAAUAGAUAAUAUAUGGAUUUUAAGAGAUCGUAUGAACUGGGAAUUAACUGCGUUUCUGACCGACUCGGCUCGCCGUAGGAGUAACUUAAAAACGGAUAAAACUCUAUAAACUCACGCUGUCACAGGAUCAUAAUCAAUAUCGGGGUGGUUAUUUUUCCCUCAUCCACAAACCGGAUUGCUUUAUUCCGCUUGUACCGAGGCGACUUCGCAAAAAAUGACCCGCUUUGCUUCGUUACGAUGCUCGGUAAUAAACCAGGAAUAUAUUAACGAGACUCACUUCACAGAAAGAGACCGUGAAACAGAGAUAACGAGUAACGUCGGAAUCUUAUCAUCCCUGUUUCAGAGCUCUCGUCCCGUCUACACGAGGUGUCACUCGGGAUCGUCUUUAUGUCUGUGUUUACUUAAAAAAAAAAAAAAAAAGUAAUGUGGUCAUAAUGUUUGACUCCAUAUGAACACAUGAACACAUCUCGCAGUAGAUUAAAGAAGAAAGUGCUUUGUAAAAUCAUUGAAAUUUCUCCCAGCUGUAUGUUUUAGACCAUGUUUUUUUUUUUUUUGUUUUAAAUGAUCGUUUGCUGGAACACAGGAUGUGCAACAUGAUGUCUGGGUGGGUUUAAAAAAAAGAAAAGAAAAGAAAAGAAAGAUGAGUCCACUUCCUGUUUGCAAUCCUCGAAUAAGUCAAAACUGUUAAGACUUUUAUUCGCAUGUACGUCUUUAAGAAUGUAUCUUGUCUUUUUUUUUUUUUUAUUUUAAAUGAAGCUUUCUUUUAAGGAAUAAAAACAGACCGUCUUGUUAACACUAAUAACCUCUGGAUGAGCUCUAAGAAACAUCAUGCACUGCAGGUACAAGUGUCAUAACCUUCAGUAUACAAACGAAAAGUCAUGGGGUUUAUAGAUCAUAGACGCAAAAGGAAUAUUAAAGCUUAAUCGGUUUAAGUGUACGACGUCUGACGACGACGUUAGAAACCCCGCGACGUACGUAAUCGCCGUUCUGUCCGACGAUGAAGACGAUACGGUUAAAGACGACGUAUUCGACCUUAUUCCUGGAAACUGGAAGGCAAAAACAGGAGAUGUUGUAAAUGAUGAUAAUUAAUUUCUUUUUCAACUGUCAUUAAAUAAUUGUUCUUUCAUAUGUGAAGCUCUUUUGCAUAAUAAACUUGUUAGGUUCAGAACUA